AUGGAAGUACUAUGGUUGUUAAUUAUAUUUAUAAAACAAUUUCAAUGGGUUUACAUGAACUAUGAUUUUAGGCAAGAAGUCAUAAGAAGAUUAGAGUGUUCCUUUGAAGAUAGUGAUUAUGGCUGUCCGAUGAAUGGCGAAUGGUCUAAUUGGGGUGAAUGGGGAGACUGCAUUGGAGAAUGUGGCCAAGUUGGGCUAAGGGAAAGGUUUAGAAAAUGCAACAAUCCCGUUCCAAUAUUUGGAGGGGAAAGUUGUGUGGGACCCUCCCGAUCAACAUUGGAAUGCCGGAUGCCAGGAUGCUCUGAGGAGGAGUAUUACGCAUUGACUGUUUGUGACGCAUUCAGAAGUUCGGAGUUUAAAGUUCUUCAUAAUUUUCAUAAGUAUUACCCGGCACUUAUUCAAAGAUGUCUCCUGGCAGAAUGUCAUUAUAGUGUUGUUAAAAAUAUUCUUCUGAAUCAAACUAGUCGUUAUUGGAAUGCGCUUCAUUGUGUGAAGCACAAUAAUGGAUGCCCAGUUCCAGGUGGUUGGAGUCAAUGGGGAAAGUGGAGUGAAUGUUCAGCGCAUUCCGGAAUAGGUAAAAGAAUACGAUGCCGAACUUGCGAUUCACCAAAGCCCACAAGUUUGAAACUGGCUUGCAAAGGUGCAAAUUGCUCUGUAGAGACUUGUCAAAAUCCGCACUUCAAAGAUCCACCUCGUGGUGAGUGGGAAGAUUGGUCUCAUUGGUCACAAUGUACGGCGACGUGCGGUCAAGGUUUGAGGGAAAGAGUUAGGUUCUGUAAUGUACUAGAAGAAGCCGCUGUCACACCGCCGGGGUUUGAUAACACAUCUGGCGAGGACAGUUGUCGGCCAUGGAUGAGCCGCAAAUAUUGCUGCCCUAGACGUAUCAAAAGAAGUACUGGCCAACAUUCUUUUUGUAUCGGACCUCAUACUGAAAUCGAGCCAUGUUUUCUGAAACUUUGUGCAGUGGAUGGGGAAUGGUCCGAGUGGGAGCCUUGGUCGCAGUGCUCCUCGGCCUGCGGGGUGGGGGUCCAGUCCCGCAGCAGGGCCUGCAGCUCCCCGCCCGUCAGCGGCGGAGGCUCCGGCUGCUUCGGCCCCUACACCUGGAUCAGGCACUGCUACCUGGGGCCCUGUCAUGUUUCGAACCGCGAGGUGACGGUGUUCUCAGGAAAUGGCGCCCUAUAUUAUCGGAAGACGGGGCACAGCAGCAGGCUGCUCCACAUCUACGUGCACCUGAAGCCCUUCGGCCUCAACGGGGACGUCCUCGUCCGCUCCCCGACCAGCUGCCCCCAGUCCAGGGUCAAGGCCAGGCUCUCCCUGGCCGCUGGCUAUCUCGUCUUCGUGGCCUCUUCCUGUAGCUGUCACGUCACCUUAGUUAGCAGCAGGCCCGUCAAGAUGUUUAAUUGGCUGAAAGUACUUAUAACGGUUACUAGUCAUGGUGCCCAGAUGAGGCUAGAUGAUAGUGAACACUAUUACAAGAAAGCGUUUAGUAGCAGUAUGAAAUUGCCUAAUUUUGAUAGCGAAAUGGUAGUUGGUGGCAAUUUUAGUGGUCAUAUACAAACACUUUGCAUCAACUUUGUUCAUAGGGAAAUGAAAUCAUCACCUAAACUGAUUUCGGAGGAAAAAUAUAUAUACCCAUCUUCUAUAGCCAAUGUGAUUUUUGAAAAUACUGAAUCUGAUGAAGGAAGAAGUUUAAAUGACUUAAUAUUUGUUCCAUGUGGCAGCAAUACGGUGUUUUCGGUUGAACUUGUAGUGAAAACAGCCUCACAAGACGGAAUUGUGAUGUUAAUAAGACACGUUUCUGAUACAAAGUACCUCAUACUUUCAUUUGAACCAAGGAGGGUACUUCUCCGACUGUUGACCAAUGACUGCAUUCACGAAUGCUUUCAGGCUAUAGAAUCUCAUGUCGGUCAUUGGACAUACAUAGCAAUCGACUUUGACGCAGAAAAAACUUGGGGGCUUGCAGUUAAUGGGGGAUUAAGAAAAAUUGUAAAAAAUUGCAAUGUCAAUUUGCUAAUAUCUUGUUCAGACUAUAUACUGGUAGGAGAUGUUGUGGAAAUAAUACAUAAAUUGGAAGAUACAAAUAAGAUACUUAUAGACAAUUUAAUUAUUCGAAAAAUAUCGGGUGUUCUGGGAUAUGUCCGAGUUAAUAAGAAAAUUAUGGAUUUACACAAUUUACCUGCUAUGGUUGAGAGGGGAAAUACCCCUCUUUCAAGUGAAGCAAUAAGUUAUACGAGACAUUAUGAAGAAAUAGAGAUAGUUUAUGGUCAAGAGCUGAAUCUCACGUGUUAUUAUGGAUUGUACAACGAUAAAGAACAGAACAGUUUUUCUAGCAUUGAUAGUGAUGAAAAUGAACCUUUGUGGAUAAAGGUUGAUACACCUUUGGUACCAAAUGACACAGGACUCAUGGAUAAUAUAGGAAUAAGAUAUACUAUUAUUAAUAAUGGUGAAGUAACAAUGCUUAAAAUUUUUAAUUAUUCAUCGAGGGAAGCAGUUGAAGGAUUUUAUUCUUGUUGGAUUCCAAGAUUGAUCAAUGAUUCUAUUGUUCUUACUUAUGGCAUAACGGUGAUAGACCUGAAAGUAGAAUUUUCCAGUUUUUCGACAUUCAUUUUAAGGAUUUUAUCAUAUUUACUUUUCAUUAUAUAUGUAUCAACGAUCAUAUGGCUAUUGUUUGAAUAUGAAAGGAGCUGCAAAACAAGGAAUGGAAUAUUUUCAAGCAUCAGUGUGGUCAAGGAACUCAGCAGCACACAUAUUUGUGAAAUUUCCCAUGAUUAUUCCUUAAGGUUCAUUCUAAAUAUAAAAAGUAUGAUUAAAAAGAGGAAAAAGCGAAGAAUUAGAUUAAGAAGAAUUAAAAAAUGA